AGCACGUUCGGGAGGCGGGGAGGAUGGUGGUCCGUCUUCGUCCUCCGGACAAAACCGGCGCGAGGGAUAAGGGAAAGAGGCCCAGGAGGGACCCAACGCCCUCGUCACCGGCACCGACCUUGCCCACUCUCCCGUCCUCGCCUGGCGGCACCGGUGACGACCUCAGCAGGGCUGAGUGCAUCCGCAUCAACGACGUGAUGCCGCUCAGUCGUGAUUUCCGCGUGGAAGGAUCCGACGCUGCUAUCGAGGUCGACGGUGACAAGGCCAUGCUCUUGUUCGUCGCUCCCGGUGUGAACGACGAUCUACUCAGGGAAACUGCUCCCUGGAAAGACCGCCUGAACAAGAUCAUCUACCGCGUGUGCGACUUCUUGCACGAGCAAGGCACAAUGAUCGUCCACGUUCCUCACUCCUAUCUACACCAUGGUCGGCGCAUCUCGGGUCAGUGUUGUCUAUUGCUUUUUUUCAGCUGCUUUUUUUCUCUUCUUACGAGCUUUCACGUCAGCAUGGUCGUCGUCGUCUGGGUUUCGAGUUUGUUUUAGCGGGGAAUGGCGUGGAGUUUGGAGGGACUAUCUGGGCGCGAAGAAGAAGACGCUCCCGAUGCCAUUUGUCCCCUUCGUCACGCACGGACUAACAGACGCCGUCCUUGUUCGAUUGUGUCUUGUUGCUUCUUCUUUUCUUCUCUGUUUACCGUGUAGACGCCCUCAAGCAGCCCG